AGAUAAGAGGGAGAGGAGAGAAAAAAAAUGGUUGAUUUUUUCGUGUUACCAGAGGAUUGCAUUGCGAAAUUAUUAUCGUGUACGAGUCCUCGAGAUGUGAGCAGACUAACCCUGGUUGCCUCCAACGUUAGGUCAACAGUCGAUUCCGACGUGGUUUGGGAGAUGUUUUUGCCAAAAAACUAUCACAAACUCGUUUGGCAGUCUCAACUGGUUUUCUCGUCCAAGAAAGAGCUCUAUUUUCAACUCUGCAAUCGCCCUCUGUUAAUCGAUGGAGGCACCAAGAGCUUUUGGUUGGAGAAAUGGAGCGGAAAAAAAUGUUACAUGUUAGCUACAAGAGACCUCGACAUUGUAUGGGGUGAUACGCCAUUGUAUUGGAGCUGGGAUCGUUUACCAGAGUCCAGGUUUAGAGAGGUGGCCGAGCUUGUGAGCGUGUGUUGGCUCGAAAUCCAUGGCAAGAUAGAUACUUGCAUGCUGUCUCCGAACACAACCUAUGCGGCUUACCUAGUGUUCAAGUCGACAGCAACAACGUACGGAUUUGAAUACCAGCCUGUAGAGGGCUGGGUAGCAAUUGGUGAGUGUAGAAGUGAAGCAAGAACGGUCUAUUUGGAUACUGCAGGAGAGCAGAGGCAGCGGUUCCAGAUCGUACCAAGGAUAUUUCGUCACACCUUUGCUAGUAUGGUGGGACGACAACCUUCCCCGCCUGGUGAAAGCCAAAGCAGUAGUCAAUAUCCUAAGGAAAGAGAGGAUGGGUGGUUCGAGAUUGAAUUCGGUGAGCUUUUUUACGAGAGUGGAGAUGAUGGGGAACUAGAAGUGUGCUUACAGGAGGUGAAGAGUGGCAUGUGGAAGAGUGGCCUAAUUCUUGAAGGAAUCGAGAUUAGGCCGAAACGGAAUAAUUAAAAAGAGUAUCAAGACAUAUUUGCAUAAUAUAUCCAUCUGCAUUUCGAUCUCUAUCACGUUAAUGGAGCUGCUAAGCUGCUGCGCAACAGUUUUCAUCUUGCAUAUGGGAUGUUUGCAGCUUUUGCUCAGUAGAAAAAGUUUGAGUCAUGUUUGAGCUUUAUUAGUGAUGUAGUGAAUGUUGUUUCUUUUAAAUUGCUGUUAUGUUAGUCAUGAUGACUGCUGUUUCUAUAAAAUGAAUGUUUGCUGAUGGUA